UUUGCAGAUCCAAAUUCACCUAAUGGUCUGACUCUGAGGAGCAGAAAGAUGCCGAAGAAGAAAGGAAAGGGGAAGGGGAAAGGAAAGGGAAAAGGAAAAGGCAAGAAAGACGGCAAACAUGACUCUAAAGCCGACAGAGAGUCCGAGAUCGAAAAGUUAAAAUCAAACGCUUCUUUAUGGGAGGCGAAGUUUACCGUCACGGACAUUUCGCGUCUUGAGUACCGGGAGGCUGCUCGAGCUCUCGCCAAAGCCAACGAGGAGCUCGAGAACCAACAAUACAGAGCCGAGAAAGACACCAAAGAUAUUAUUGCUUUUCUCAAGAGGACAGACUUUGAAAAGACUGCCACGAUUGCUGCAUUAGAAGAGGAACUGAAAAGAGAAAGAGCCAAAUCUGCACAAGAGAAAGAUUUGUUGGUGGUUGAAUACAUGCAGAAGAUUGAUGCUUUAGAAGAGAUGUUUAGGCAGAGGUCAGGUGACUUCCAGAGAAUGCAGGGCGAACUCAAAACCAUAAAACAUUAUCGCAAAAUAAAAGCCAAUCUGGAAGAAGACCUGAUCAGUAUAAGAGAAAAAAUGUAUGUUGAUGGCCGUACACAUCAAGAGAGUUUGGCGAGAACUGAAUACAAGUUCUACAUGGCAAGGAUUCGUAUUGAAAAAGAAGCAGAGCAGAAAAUCUCUCAGCUUGCAGAGCAGGCACAUUAUGAAGCUGUUGACCAGCUGGGUGCAGCAUCACAAACUAUGAUCACGGAGAACAUCCGACUGAAUGAAGGAUUGAAUUAUCAUGUGAAAGAGGCCGAGCAACUGAAAAGGAUUAAUGUAGCCUUGACAGAGAAGAAUUCUUCCCUUGCUCUCUUCAAGGAGACGAACGAACUGAUGAAAAAGGAGGCCGAUUCCCAUGUUCAGUCUCAACACAGUGAGAUCUCUGAACUAACAGCUAAACUGAGCACACUUGAGCAGGCUCUGGGCAUUAUGUCUAGAGAGUUUGAGCAGGAAAGAGUAGAGAUGGAACGGAGUGCUGGGGUCAACAACACAGAACUUGAGGAGCUGGAAAUGCUGCUGGCUGCCCGUGAGAAGGAGCUGAGCAAAGUGAAACAACUAGCGCAAAGCAUCAUCGAGCAGCGGAGAGAACUGGAGCUCUUCUUCCACGAAGCUCUCAAUCAUGCGAGGAAGGAAAUAAAAGCACAGCAGCAGCACUACAGACAGGAAGCUAUAAAGUCCUAUCGCUGGCGAAUGAACGAGGCUCACGCCGGCCGUCUGGAGUUUCCUCGCAUACGGACCUUCUCUAAUGCCCCAAACAGCACUAAUGAUGUUCAGACUGAGCUGGAGGAUUCUGACAAAUGGAACAACUUAAAGAGCUCCAAUGUGGAUAUUUCUGAUCUAACUUGGGAACAGAAGGAGAGACUGCUCAAUCUGCUUUUUGCUAAAUUAAAUGGCAUUAAAACAAGGAAAGCAGCACAUCCUCCAGCUCUAUCAGCAUCUUCCUCUGAGAAGAUCCAAGUUAGCAGUGAUGCAGGGUCUACAGUGGAGAGUCCCAGCAUGACAUUUAUAACCCAAAUGACCAUGGCAAAUCUGACCUCUGACCCCUGUGUUCUUCCAGCUCUCAAGAGCACAUGACUAUUCAUACAGUAUUAUCAUCAAAUAUUUCAUUUUUAAAACUGGACAACAUAAAAUAUGUCUUUAUUUUGUUACUGUUCUACUGAACUGCUUCAACUACAUAUGGCUUGUUUUUGUUUGUCAUAUAUAUGUAGAUCAUGCUUCAUUUUCUUUUUUUGUUCUUGUAAACUAAACUUCCAAUAAAGUUUUUUUGUUGUAAAGUUACAUAAA